AUGCCUGUCCUGUACCACCCGGGGUUGCCUGUUCCGCACUGCCCGGAGAUGCCUGUCCUGUACCACCCGGGGUUGCCUGUUCCGCACUGCCCGGAGAUGCCUGUCCUGUACCACCCGGGGUUGCCUGUUCCGCACUGCCCGGGGAUGCCUGUCCUGUACCACCCGGGGUUGCCUGUUCCGCACUGCCCGGAGAUGCCUGUCCUGUACCACCCGGGGUUGCCUGUUCCGCACUGCCCGGAGAUGCCUGUCCUGUACCACCCGGGGUUGCCUGUUCCGCACUGCCCGGAGAUGCCUGUCCUGUACCACCCGGGGUUGCCUGUUCCGCACUGCCCGGAGAUGCCUGUCCUGUACCACCCGGGGUUGCCUGUUCCGCACUGCCCGGAGAUGCCUGUCCUGUACCACCCGGGGUUGCCUGUUCCGCACUGCCCGGAGAUGCCUGUCCUGUACCACCCGGGGUUGCCUGUUCCGCACUGCCCGGAGAUGCCUGUCCUGUACCACCCGGGGUUGCCUGUUCCGCACUGCCCGGAGAUGCCUGUCCUGUACCACCCGGGGUUGCCUGUUCCGCACUGCCCGGGGAUGCCUGUCCUGUACCACCCGGGGUUGCCUGUUCCGCACUGCCCGGAGAUGCCUGUCCUGUACCACCCGGGGUUGCCUGUUCCGCACUGCCCGGAGAUGCCUGUCCUGUACCACCCGGGGUUGCCUGUUCCGCACUGCCCGGAGAUGCCUGUCCUGUACCACCCGGGGUUGCCUGUUCCGCACUGCCCGGAGAUGCCUGUCCUGUACCACCCGGGGUUGCCUGUUCCGCACUGCCCGGAGAUGCCUGUCCUGUACCACCCGGGGUUGCCUGUUCCGCACUGCCCGGGGAUGCCUGUCCUGUACCACCCGGGGUUGCCUGUUCCGCACUGCCCGGAGAUGCCUAUUGAUCAAUCUGACCCUGAGUUGGGGACCUACACCAAGCCAUAUUUUGAGGGCCACCUACAUACUCACUCUUCCACAACAACCAGGGUACCCCAGACAUGA